GCAGAUCCGUUUUAGGUGACUUGUCCCACCUUAUAAUUUGGAUGAGUGGCGACUCUCUUCUUUUCUAUAUUUUUACACUUAAUCCCAUUUUAAGUGGUCGUCAACAUGGGGUAGUUCGGCAGGCUUUGGAGGUAAAAUGGAGAUUUCUUCUCCCCUUUUUUCUUUCUUCUAUUUUUUUUUUUUUUGACUUUCGCUCUUCCUACAAACUGUGAACUUAGUGAAUGCGAUGUCAGUUGAAUUCUUCGACUGCCUCCAGGAUGGCAUUUCUUUUGUUGGGAAGAAUGAGGAACUUACCCGUCAGAAGGAGGUGGCAGAGAAGAACUCCCAUGAUCUGACCUCGGAGCUCGAGAAGGUCAGGAAGGAGUUAGAAAUGGCCAAGGGUGCUGCCCAACUGAAGGGGCAGAAAAGGAAGGAGUGUGAGGAAGCCUUGGCCCAAAAGGAGGACGAGUUGGCCGAGGUGGUGGACCUCUAUCGCCUGCCAACGUUGGUGAUGGCCUUCACAGAUUGUAGAAAGAAAGUGAAGGUGCAGAACCCAGAAGUGGACGUGAGGAACAUCACGUUCGGACCUGAAGAGGCGGGGGGUAGAGGAGAAUGGAGACAGCCUGACAGCCGAAUUCCAGCCCGAGAUAAAAUGGAUGAGGCUGAGGCAUCGAAGGAGGCCGAAGUGGCAGAAAAUGUCCAAACCGAGGUGGAUCAACCACACGAGAUCAACGACUGAGUUCGGCCAGCUCGGUCUUUUUUUUUUUUUUUAUUUCGUGAAUUGUAGUUUUAUUUUCUUUUGUCUGGUUGUAAGAAUACUUUGUAUUUCACUUUUAUGGAAUGAACCGAAAAUAUAGAAUGGACAUUGUA